AUCUUUAGAAAUUCUAUAAGGACGCGAUCAUUCACCGAUGAUUAAGCUGUCCUGAUUUUGUUUUAUUUUGCUGAAAAAAAUAUUAGUUCAUUAUUAAAAGUAGUUAAAAACGCUUAAUUAAUAGUAACAAAUAAAAUGGUUGAUAAAAUUGAUAUGGCUUUGGACGACAUAAUAAAAGCGGGCAAAAAGGGAAGACCGGGAGGCGGUGGAGCUGGAAGAAAAUUCGAUGUUAAACGCCCAGGAAGAGGAGGUGGAUUCCGUAACGGACGUACAGGUGGAGUGUUACGUGGUCGAAAUCGUGGAGGAGUAUCUAAGCCAACAAAUUAUACAAGGGACAACCUAUUUCAGGGAGAUGUAAACAGCACUUGGAAACAUGACAUGUACAAUGACUUCAAUGAUAGAAAAAUCCAGAGGAGUGUGCCUCUAACCACAGGGCCCACAAAACUCCUUGUGUCCAAUCUGGACUUUGGAGUUUCAGAUUCUGACAUACAAGAGCUUUUCUCGGAGUUUGGCAUUCUUAAGAGUGCAGCAGUACAUUAUGAUAGAUCAGGAAGAUCAUUAGGCACAGCCGAUGUUUUGUUUGAAAGAAGAGCAGAUGCAUUAAAGGCUAUGAAGCAAUACAAUGGAGUACCAUUAGAUGGGCGUGCAAUGAAUAUACAACUAGCAACCUCAGAAAUAUCAACCUUUAGGAAUGAAGAAAGAAGUAGACCAGCUGGUGGCGGCAGUGUUGGUCCUGUAAGAAGAAAUUCUAACAGAGGAGGCGGUGGUAAUCGUCCUCAAGUUGGUGGCAGGGGCAGAGGUGCACGACGUGGAGGUCGUGGUGGAACUGGCGGACCUCGCGGCAAGAAAGCCGUACCAACAGCAGAACAAUUAGAUGCUGAACUAGAUGCUUAUGUUAAAGAAAUUAAGUGAUAGAAGCUUUACUAGAAAUAAUAAUAGGUGUAUAACAUAAUUUUAAGACGCAAGUUAGUUCAUACAAAAAAAUAAGAAUUGCAUACACUUUGUUUUAUAAUAAAACUUAGUUCUGACAUAUUAAGAGAAUCAGCCGAAUUGUUUAAGAAUAUUUUAAUACAUGGAUUUAAUAUUAGGAAAAGUUCAUGAUAAAAAAAAUUAUUGUGA